UCGGAUGUAGCAGUGACCACUUAUCGGGAGCUGCCGUCUCCUGGCUAUUCAACAUCGAGCAAGCAUCCACCCAGCGGAUACGUGGUGCGUUCUAUGUGUUCUCUGAAGGAGCCACAGGUACAAGUCCUCCGGCUUUAUCGUUACCUACAUGUACUGACGUCGUGUAAACCCAGCAGGGGAGCCGAUCCUUGUACCCAUCAGGUAAACAUAUGCACUUCUCUGGAUAGGUGGACCGCCAAUAGUAGUGCCCCCUUCCUUCCGCCAGAAUUUGAAGUGCUAAAGUGCGUUUGUGUUGCCAAAGGCGUUGUUCUUCUUGGUUUCCUCUUCUGUAAGCAGACCUAUGUGGAGAUUCUAUUUGAAAUUAGAAAGUUGCGGUUACAAUGUUCCAUAUGGCAGGGAGCUGUCGAUUCUCCCUCCUCAUUCCAACUCUUCACAGACCGCAACUCAGAGACAAUCACAAAAACUCCACAAAUCUGCCUCAUGCCUUACUCCUCCAUUCCAUCCAAGAAGAAGAACAGCAACAGUUCACGAAAUUUUGUCGAGAACUCCUACUUGACUAGUGCAGAUUCCGCUCAAACACCGGCGGCUACGGCGACUGAGGUCAUUUCGGGUGUGGGGAUACGUCGCAAAAAGCGUUUCAAGUUUCACUUCACGUUAGGGGGACCAGUGCCCAUAGCAGUUACCUCCUCUUCCUCCUCCUCCACCACCACCAACAUCUCCGCACCCAGUGACAGCCGAAUUCUACCGAACCGAUCGAAUUUAGGUUCCAUAUACUUCCUACUCCGUUCGGAGUCGGACUAG